AUGCAGGCGCAGCAGCAAGAGUUCAACGCUCUGCCUCAGAAUCAGGUCCCGAUGCAGGCGCAACAACAGCAGCCCAUCCAGCAGCCGCAACAGCUACCCAACCUCCAGCCUCAGCAACCCUCAAGCAUGAACGCCCCGCGCGGCCCGGGACUCACCAUCGUGCCACCUCCCGCGCAGGCCAACAUCCCGGGGCUGCCCUACACUGGUCAGCCCAUCCUACAGACACCCGGAACCCUUGCGACUCUGACAGUCGUGCAGUUACGAGGCGCCCUCUCCGCCAAGACGCUGGUCGAGGAAGAGCUUCAACACGAGCUGGCCGUCCUGCGUUCCGAGAACCUCCGACUCAACGAGACGUUGUCGUUCUUCAUGAAGCGCGACAAGCAGCUCUACCCCGAGGUACUCAGGACGGAGUAUGCCAAGGUCGAACAGCGAGCUGAGCUGGAGCAGGCCGCGCGGACCAUUGCAGCUUGGUUCGAAACUCUACAGGGUACGGUGGACAAGCGGAUGGAGCACAACCUGCAGGACAUGUUUGAGGGCACCGGCGGUAGCGAUCGAGAGGCCCAGACCCGUAUGGCCCUUGGACAACAAGCCCAGGGUAUGGUGAAGCAGCUACAGGACGCCGUGGAGUCGUUGCGGAAGAUUGCCGAGGAGAGCUUGCGCGCGUUGCCGAUGCCUGAUUCCCCCUCGGAGUAA